AGGCGAUUUUGAAGGCUUGAAUGGCAGACAGUGCUGACCGGCAGUAUUGAACGUGUCUGUUACUUUCAGGGGAAUCUUUAGGGCCUGCAGUUAUUCGCAAGGAAAUGUCAAAGGAUUCCUGAGUCACGUGGUGCCCACGCGUCAAAGGCCCAAGAUGAAAUAAAACCGGCUUCCGCCAGUGUCCAAGAUGGCGGUUGAGCAGCCUUCCCGGUCUUUCCGAGGUUAGGUGGUGUGUGACUUCUGAGCUAGCGGCGGGUGUAGUGGUGAGCAUAUGCCAGGGCUGCUUCGCGGGAGUCAUUCAUGGACUGGAAAGAAGUUCUUCGCCGGCGGAUCGCGAUGUCCAACAUCGUUCCAAACAAAAAAAAAAGUGAACAAGAAUUAAAAGAUGAAGAAAUGGAUUUAUUUACCAAAUACUAUUCAGAAUGGAAAGGAGGUAGAAGAAACACAAAUGAAUUCUAUAAGACCAUUCCCCGGUUUUAUUAUAGGCUACCAGCUGAAGAUGAAGUCUUAUUACAGAAAUUAAGAGAGGAAUCCAGAGCGGUCUUUCUGCAGAGGAAGAGCAGAGAACUCUUAGAUAAUGAAGAAUUACAGAACUUAUGGUUUUUGCUGGACAAGCACCAGACACCACCCAUGAUUGGAGAGGAAGCAAUGAUUAAUUAUGAAAAUUUUUUGAAGGUUGGUGAAAAAGCUGGACCAAAGUGCAAGCAAUUUUUCACAGCAAAAGUCUUUGCUAAACUCCUUCAUACAGAUUCUUAUGGAAGAAUUUCCAUCAUGCAGUUCUUUAAUUAUGUCAUGAGAAAAGUUUGGCUUCAUCAGACAAGAAUAGGACUCAGUUUAUAUGAUGUAGCAGGACAAGGAUAUCUUCGGGAAUCUGAUUUAGAAAACUACAUAUUGGAACUUAUCCCUACUUUGCCACAAUUAGAUGGACUGGAAAAAUCUUUUUAUUCCUUUUAUGUUUGUACAGCUGUUAGGAAAUUCUUCUUCUUUUUAGACCCUCUAAGAACAGGGAAGAUAAAAAUUCAAGAUAUUUUAGCAUGCAGCUUCCUAGAUGAUUUAUUGGAGCUAAGGGAUGAGGAACUGUCCAAGGAGAGUCAAGAAACAAAUUGGUUUUCUGCUCCUUCUGCCCUCAGGGUAUAUGGCCAGUAUUUGAAUCUUGAUAAGGAUCACAAUGGCAUGCUCAGUAAAGAAGAGCUCUCCCGCUAUGGGACGGCAACCAUGACCAACGUCUUCUUAGACCGUGUUUUCCAGGAGUGUCUCACUUAUGAUGGAGAAAUGGACUAUAAGACCUACCUGGAUUUUGUUCUUGCAUUAGAAAACCGAAAAGAACCUGCAGCUUUGCAGUAUAUUUUCAAAUUGCUUGAUAUUGAGAACAAGGGAUAUCUGAAUGUCUUUUCCCUUAAUUACUUCUUUAGGGCCAUACAGGAACUAAUGAAAAUCCAUGGACAAGAUCCUGUUUCAUUUCAAGAUGUCAAGGAUGAAAUCUUCGACAUGGUAAAACCAAAGGAUCCUUUGAAAAUUUCUCUUCAGGAUUUAAUCAACAGUAAUCAAGGAGACACAGUCACCACCAUUCUGAUCGAUCUAAAUGGCUUCUGGACUUACGAGAACAGGGAAGCCCUUGUUGCAAAUGACAAUGAAAAUUCUGCAGACCUUGAUGAUACAUGAUCUCUCAAAGACUAGACUAUAUUCAUUAAGAUAAGUUGAAUGCUGUAUGUAAAACCUUUGAAGCAGAAUCCUUAGAAAUGGUCUAAAUAAAACACUUCACAUGCCUAUA